GCCUUUAGACGCAGAGGCGAAGAAUCUGAGCCCAACAAAAUGAAAAGCUAGAAGGAAAAGAAGAAACCCCAGUACCGACGACGAAGACAAGAAGUGAAGCAGCAUCAGUGAGAACAGAGGAAGCAAGCAGAAAGGAAAGAAGAAUGGGAAGAAAGAAGGGGUACGUGGAGUUCGAUGAGUCGCCGCCGGACGACUUCGACCCGGAGAAUCCGUACAAGGAUCCGGUGGCUUUCUUGGAGAUGAGGGAGCACAUUGUCAGAGAGAAGUGGAUCCAGAUCGAGAAGGCUAAGAUCAUCAGGGAGAAGCUGCGAUGGUGCUACCGCAUCGAAGGCGUUAACCACCUUCAGAAAUGCCGCCACCUCGUUCAGCAGUACCUUGAUUCCACCCGCGGCAUUGGUUGGGGCAAGGACGGUCGCCACCCUUCUCUCCACGGUCCAAAACCUGAGGCUGUUGAGUCUGAAUGACUAGACUGUCCUGUGGAUAAAUAAAAGGGAGAUUGAUUACGAAACUGAUCAUAUUGCUGAAAUCAAAUACAAGGAGAAGUGCCUAUGUUGGAGUUCUUGUGUUCUUUUUUCCUUACAACUCUAUUUUGGCCUGGCUUGGGCUAUUUUCCCUUGGCUUUAGUAGGCUCUUUGCUUCUUAGCAUGCAAAAAUGUAAACAAAUUUGGUACAUCAGAUUAUAAAAUAAAUUUCUCUAGUUUCUUCUUGUGUGA